AUGGCUUUCCUCCCAACAACCGUUAACACCGCAGUGGUGCUGCCGCUGAAUUGGACAUCCCCCGUCACUCAGGAUCCAGUUAGUCCCACAGAGAGCACCAAUCAAGUCCGAAUUCGCAUUCUCGAUAUUCUAGUCAGUCUGGUGAUGGGUGUGACCCUGAAGCAUGACGCUGGGGGUUUUGUGAAGGACCGCUUCUACGGCGGUUCGCGCCUCCUCCAGCCAAUCACCGAUUGGUGCGGUAUUCCCAUUGACAUGGUCAACUUUGUGUUCGCGAGCUUUGCGAGCCUACCGGUCGCUCUGGCCAUGCGCUACGGUCUGCCACCCUCCCGAGUGCGUCCGGCGUUCCGCGCGUUAGCCGAAGUUCUCCUCGGUGCUGGAGUGGUCGUCUUUUGCUUCGGAAUGCAACUUCGAGUGCUCCUGUUGCAGUCGUCCGUGGCCUACGUCGUACUACUCUUAGGCCACCGCGAUCGCCUUGUCACGCCAGUUGCCGUGACUGUGUGGUCGAUGCUCUACCUGAUGCUCAUCCACUUGUGUCGACUCUACUACGACUACGAGGGUUACACCCUGGACAUAUCGGGCGCGCUGAUGCUGCAGACACAACGCCUCUCUAGUCUCGCCUUCAACCUCUACGACGGUGCGCGCAUCUCGAGGACGUGCGCGUCCAACGAAGUCAGUAGGCUCUCCACUGGCAAACACCACAACGGUUCCAUGAAGGACACCUCAACGAAGCCAGCCGCGGAGGCGCUGGAACCGAAACUCAUGCCGUCUAGCCGCGAAUACGCGGUCUCCCGACUACCCAACCCGCUGGAAUUCGCUGCUUACUCCAUGUACUUCCACGGCGUCUGUAUUGGACCGUUUGUGUUUUUUAAGGACUACAAAAAUUACCUGCGAGGGUAUGAGGACAGGCGUCUGCCGCCGAUUCCUCUACGUCGCAUCUUCUACCUCUCCCUGCGUCUGUCUGCCUACGGACUCACCUACGCAUUCCUAUUCAAACGCCUCCCAGUACAGUUCAUCAACCACAAGACAUUUAAGGAAUGGCCCAUUUUCGAGCAGACAGUCUACAUGUUCGCGGCGUUCUUCGUGGCCCGGUUGAAGUACUACUUCGGUUGGUGCCUCGCGGAGGUGUUGGGCAUCUGCGCGGGCAACGGCUACUCCGGCGUCGACGCCGACACCUCCACGACCCUCUGGCUGAACGUGCACAACUUCGACUUCCUCCAGGUGGAGGCGGCGCCGAAUCUGAAGCUGCUCAUCGACGCCUGGAACAUCGGGACGGUGCGGUGGCUGCGCGAGGUCGUCUACUUCCGAGCACCGCUGCGUGUCCGCACAGUCCUCGUGUUCCUCGUGUCGGCGUUCUGGCACGGCCUCUACCCAGGCUACUACCUCAUGUUCCUUUCCUUCGCCCUUUUCACCCACACCGCCAGAGCCUGGCGUCGGACAGUGCGGCCGAUUGUGCUAGCAGCCGAGUCACCGCGGGUGGUUGGCUUCGUGUACGACGCCCUGACUGUCGUGGUGACCCACUUCGUCAUGGAGUACGCCCAGGCACCCUUCCACCUGCUGGGUCUUCUUCCGUCGUUGAGGCUGUGGACGCGUUUCUGGUUUGUGCCGCAUAUCAUCGGGGUGUGCGUAAUUGUCCUCAUCGCGGCCGCUAAGCGAGCCUUCAGGCACUGCUCCUCACCCACCGUCCUGAACGAUGCGGCCACUGGAACUCGAAGGUGCAAUAGCUGA